AUGGUGAAAAAUUAUCCGAAGAAUGCGCAGAAUACCUACGUAUUACUGAGCGCCACUGUCUCAUCUAACUUUCGGCGACAACUAUUUAUCAUUCGAUUUGUCUCUGAUUACAUAAAAAAAAAAAUCUUGUUUGCUUUUUCACAUGAGUCAAAUGAAAACAAAGGACCUUCCCGACUCGUAAAAUUUCGAUUAAACGAGCGUAACAUCGAUUUGAUUGGUGAAUAG